UGGAGCGUCGCGGGCGCGUGGCCGGAACGCCCCGGGAUCGGAUCGCGGCAUCGCUCAAGGGUCCCUCCUGUCCUGUCAUCCCCGUGGGCGGGCCCACAGCCCUGCCGGCACCGGCGGCACCAUGAGUGAGGAGCCCGUGACCUACAUGGACGUCUACCCCGACGAUGACGACUACAACGCCACGGCGGACUACGCCGCGGACGUCCUGUGUGUCCUGCAGGACGUCCGGGACUUCUCCCGGCUGUUUGUGCCCGUCACCUACUCCUUGAUCUGCGUCUCCGGGCUCCUGGGCAACGCCCUGGUCGCGCUCACCUUCGCGUUCUACAAGAAGGCCAGGUCCAUGACGGACGUGUACCUCCUGAACAUGGCGCUGGCGGACAUCCUGUUCGUCCUGACCCUGCCCUUCUGGGCGGUGACGCACGCCGAGGGCCGGUGGGUCUUCAGCGGCGCCCUGUGCAAGCUGGUGCGCGGCGUCUACGCCGUCAACUUCCACUGCGGGAUGCUGCUGCUGGCCUGCAUCAGCCUGGACCGCUACGUGGCCAUCGUGCAGGCCACGCGGUCCUUCCGCCUGCGCGCCCGCGUGCGGGCGCACCACCGCGCCAUCUGCCUGGCCGUGUGGGCCCUGUCCGGCCUCCUGUCCGUCUGGACCGUCGUCUUCAACCAGAAGUACGCGCUGCAGGGCCGGGAGGUGUGCGAGCCCCGGUACCUGGACGUGGCGGAGCCGCUGCGCUGGAAGCUGCUGCUGCUGGGGCUGCAGCUGCUGUGGGGCUUCUUCGUCCCGCUGCUGCUCAUGACCUCCUGCUACCUGCUCAUCGCGCGGACCCUGGUGCGGGCCCAGAACUCCAGGCGGCACAAGGCCAUCCGCGUGAUCGUGGCCGUGGUCCUCGUGUUCCUGGCCUGCCAGGUCCCGCACAACGUCGUCCUGCUGGUGACGGCCGCGAACCUGGGCAAGGUGGGCCGGUCCUGCUGGGGCGAGAAGGUGCGGGGCUACCUGGAGACGGGCACCGAGGUGCUGGCCUUCCUGCACUGCUGCCUCAACCCCCUGCUCUACGCCUUCGUCGGCCACAAGUUCCGCAGCUACUUCCUGAGGGUCGCCAAGGACCUGCUGUGCGUGGGGCGGCGGCGCGCGCCCGGCCUGGCCUGCGCCCGGCUGCACCCCGAGGCCUUCCCCUCGCGGCAGAACAGCGAGACCGCCGACAACGACAACCCGUCCUCCUUCACCAUGUGACCCGCCCCGGGCGCCCUGGCCGCGCUCACGUCGGGAGAGGACUCGCG